CCCCACCAAUAACCCACCAUCUUCACAUUCACCUAGGACCGUCCCCACUUUGUUAAUGCAAUAAAAUCGAGAUAAUGUUCAAACUCUAAGGUCCCUUUUCAUUUUCUCUCUCUUCUCCCUCUCUCUUUCUUCUUCUGCUUCAUUUGACUUGUAGCCACCAUACAAGAAACUGAAUCAUCUCGUUUAUCAAUGUCAUCCAAAUUACAGAAUUUGUUGACUUGAAUUAGUGAGCAGUGGUAGUUGGUCAAAUUUGUAGGUUGAAUAUUUUUUCUUCUUCUUCUGGAUAAUUAGGUUAUCUUUUGGAGUGAUUUUCGCUGGAAAAUGAUGAUGAUGUUUGAUGAGAUGGGUUUAUCGGGUGAUAUGGAUGUGUUUUCGGGUCCCCUAGUCGAGGGGGAUGUUACCGCCCGGCAAACUGAGCCUGGGGUGAUGAUUGGCGAAGAUUACAGUGAUGAUGAAAUGGAUAUUGAUGAGCUUGAGAAGAGGAUGUGGAAGUACAAAAUGCUUCACAAGCGGUUGAAGGAUAAGGAACAAAGCAAGCCGAGGGAAGGGCUCGAUGCGGCGAAGCAGAGGCAAUCGCAAGAGCAGGCUAGGAGGAAGAAGAUGUCGAGGGCUCAAGAUGGUAUCUUGAAGUACAUGCUGAAGAUGAUGGAGGUUUGUAAGGCUCAAGGGUUUGUUUACGGGAUAAUUCCCGAGAAAGGGAAGCCUGUGACUGGGGCUUCGGAUAAUCUCCGGGAGUGGUGGAAGGAUAAGGUUAGGUUUGAUCGGAAUGGUCCUGCUGCGAUAUCCAAGUACCUAGCAGACAAUGCAAUUCCGGGGAACAACGAUGGGAGUAACUCAAUUGGGCCAACCCCUCACACCUUGCAAGAGCUGCAGGACACAACUUUGGGUUCUCUGUUAUCUGCACUGAUGCAACACUGUGACCCCCCUCAGAGGCGGUAUCCGUUGGAGAAGGGUGUUUCUCCUCCGUGGUGGCCAACUGGGAAUGAAGAGUGGUGGCCUCAUAUCGGUUUACCGAAAGAUCAAGGCCCUCCGCCUUACAAGAAGCCUCAUGACCUGAAGAAGGCAUGGAAGGUUGGUGUCCUGACUGCUGUCAUCAAGCAUAUGUCUCCUGACAUUGCCAAAAUUCGCAAGCUUGUGAGACAGUCCAAAUGCCUUCAAGACAAAAUGACUGCUAAGGAAAGCGCAACGUGGCUUGCAAUUGUCAAUCAGGAGGAGGCUUUAGCGCGAGAGCUUUAUCCUGAUUAUGUUCCCCCAUUUACCUCAGCUGGAGGAAGUGGGUCUUUUUCCACCAAUGAUGGAAAUGAGUACGAUGUCGAUGGGGGAGAAGAUGACCAAAAUUUCGACGUGGAGGAACGGAAACCUGAGAGUCUUCUUCAUCCAUCCAACAUCGGGAUGAUGGAGAGAAUGAGGGGCUUAAGACUUCCAAUUCAGCAGCCCUCUUUCACAAUGAAGGGAGAUGCUGCAGCAAACAUGGAUUUCAUGCGGAAGCGAAAGAUCUCUGGUGACUUUAACAUGAUGAUGGAUCCAAAAAUUUUCACCUGUGAACAUCCUCCUUGUCCUUACAGCGAAGUUCGCCUCGCUUUUCAGGACAGGACUUCUAGGGACAAUCAUCAACUGUGCUGUCCCUAUAGAGCCAGUUUAUCAGAUUAUGGUGGUCCAAGUUUUCAUGCUAAUGAGGUUAAACCAGUCAUAUUCCCUCACUCCUUUGUUCAACAGAAACCUACAACUCAGUCUGUCAACAUGGUUCCACCUUCAGUCGAUCUUACCGGACUCGGAGUUACUGAAGACGGUGAGAAAAAUAUAGGCGACCUUAUGACAGUCUACGAUUCCGAUAUCCAUCAAGGCAACCGGAAUACUAACAAUCGUGUAGCUGCUUCCGCUGCACAGAAUCACAACUUACCGCAUUCUGGCAGCAUUCCUAGCAGCAUUCAGCAGCAGCAACAGCAGCAUCAGAAUUUCUACCGCGGUCAAGGAAUGGUAAUGGAAGGAACUAGCAUGUCUAAUAAUAACCAUCAUCACAUGUUUGCUAGAGGUGCAGGUCAAUUUGACCGGUUCCGAGCUUUGAAUUCUCCCUAUGAGAACAAUCACAAUCACAAUCACAACAACAGCAACAAUAAUUUCCAGUAUAUGUUUGGGUCCCCACAAAUUGAUCUGUCAUCCUUUGAUUUUAAGGAGGAUAGUCAUGGAACAGGCAUGGAUCCUCUGCAGAACCAGCAAGAUAUUUCAAUAUGGUACCAGGGAAAUUGACAACUGGAAUCUAGAAUGCUCUUUUUAUUUUCUUUCAAAUGUUUGGUUUGGCCACCCAUAUCAUAUUCAUGUGAAGUUUCCCUUUGGGCCAAAAAGGUGUUACUGCAAUUUUCUUCACAUGUAAUUUUCUAGGCCUAGAAGAAAUCUAGAUUUUUAUUUUUAUGCUUGUUGUUAGCUAUGAUAUGGGGUUAUAAUAAUAAUAAUAAUAAUAAAAGUUUGUUUUUACCUAUGGUUUGGUUUUUACCUAAGAAUAUUCAUAUUCAAUGUUUUAUGUAAGACUUGUGAUAUAAAUAAAAUUUCAAAAAUUUGGUUA